AUGAGUGGUCCAGGUGUCGGAUUCGAGUAUCCAUCAGUGCCAGUAUCAUGGUACAAGCGAGAUGUCUUGCUUUUCGCAAAUGCCAUUGGAUGUGACGCUAAAGAUGAGCUUCACUUCUUAUAUGAAUUCCACCCAAAGUUUAGCACCUUUCCCACUUACUCGAUCAUCUUGCCAUUCAAAGGCACAUCGGCGGAGAUCAUCGACUUCUAUGCUUCGCAGAACUCCAAACGUGCCGCCAUUCCAGAUGUACCAAAGUUCGACAGUCGCAAGGUCGUUCAUGGAGAGCAAGCCAUCACUUUCCUGAAGCCUCUGCCACCGACCAGUGAAGGUCGUGACUUUGAGAUGAGAGCGAAGGUUCUGGGUGUAUACGACAAGGGCAAGCCUGGCUCAGUAGUCGAAACCGAGAACUUGAUUGUAGACAAGGCUACUGGUGAGGUUUACAGUAGGGCUGUAGGAAUGUCAUUCUUUGUUGGUCAGGGAGGCUGGGAUGGACCCAAGGGGCCAAAGACAGUAAACUACCCUCCACCAGAAGGCAAGAAGCCUGAUGCGGAGUACAUAUAUCAGACUAACGCAGAGUCGGCACAUCUGUAUCGACUCUGUGGUGAUUACAACCCUCUGCAUGCCACUCCAGAGCCCGGCCAGCAAAUGGGCUUCGGUGGUGCUAUCCUCCACGGCUUGUUCAGUUGGAACACUACAGCCCAUGGACUCUUGAAGCUUCUUGGAAACUCAGACCCAGCCAACAUCAAGGAGUUUGCUGCGAGAUUCGCGAGUCCUGUCAAAGCCGGUGACACUCUCAUCACACAGAUCUGGCGAACGGGUAAUAUUGAUGGAGAAGGCUGGGAGGAGGUGAGGUUUGUAACCAGCGUAAAGGGCGGUAAAGUGUGCUUAAGCAAUGGCCGAGCAAAGAUGAAGAUUGCAGGACAGAAGAGCAAGCUUUAG